AGCAUAGCAGCCCUGAAGCCUGACACACAGGAGAGGGAGAGCAAGGAGGGGGGGGGAUAGAGUGAGAGAGAGACAGCGAAAGACAGAAAGAAAGAAAGAAAGAGGAGGGGGAGAAGAGAAAAAAAGAAAAACUACUUUCUCUGGUUUCUAACUUCAGGCUCUGCCUUGCCGAGGGGCUUCAGCACUGCUCGUCUGUCAAGCGCCCAGGGGUGUGCAGCGGUGUGUAUGCCUGAGUGUGUGUGUGUGUGAGCCAGAACCUCAGGAGCCAUGUCGGACCCCAGGGACAUCGACGAGGAUGCCAUCCUCAAGGGCCUCAGUGCCGAGGAGCUGGAUCGGCUGGAGGAGGAGCUGAUGGAGAUGGACCCCGAGAAUGCCAUGCUGCCCGCUGGCUUCCGGCAGCGUGACCAGACGAAGAAGAGCCCGACGGGGACGUUCGACCGUGAAGCCCUGCAGCAGCACCUGGAGAAGCAAGCCCUGGAGCACGAGGACAGGGAGGACCUGGUGCCUUUCACCAAGGAGAAGAAAGGAAAGACCUUUGUGCCCAAGAAACCAGCAGAGAUCCCUGAGCACGAGCAGGUGAUUCUGGAGCCGGAGCUGGAGGAGGCUCUGAAAAAUGCCUCUGAUGCAGAGAUGUGUGAUAUUGCAGCCAUCCUUGGAAUGUACACGCUGAUGAGCAACAAGCAGUACUAUGACGCUCUGGGCACCACGGGCACCAUCGCCAACACAGAGGGCAUCAACAGUGUAGUGAAAGCAGAUCCCUUCAAGAUCUUCCCCGAUGAGCCGCCCAACCCCACCAACGUGGAGGAAACCCUGGAGAGAAUCCACAACAACGACAGCAGCCUGACUGAAGUCAACCUCAACAACAUCAAGGACAUUCCCAUCCCAACACUGAAAGAGAUCUUUGAGGCGAUGAAGGGAAACUCUCAGGUGGAGUUUCUGAGCAUCGCUGCGACCCGUAGCAACGACCCCGUCGCCUAUGCCUGUGCUGAGAUGCUGCAGGAGAACACCAGCUUGCAGAGUCUUAACGUCGAGUCCAACUUCAUCACUUCAGACGGCAUGAUGGCGAUCAUCAAAGCGAUGGCCAGCAACGCCACACUGGUGGAGCUCAAGAUCGACAACCAGAGGCAGAAGUUGGGCGACUCAGUUGAGAUGGAGAUCGCCUCCAUGUUGGAGAACAACUCCAGCAUCCUCAAAUUCGGAUACCACUUCACCCAGCAGGGUCCGCGCGCCAGAGCUGCCAUGGCCAUCACACGGAACAACGACAUGAUUCGCCAGCAGAGAUUAAGAUGAAAGCAAUUUGGAGCAAACAGAAGAACCACAUCAGCCCCUUGGAGCCUGCAGACAGACUCGUGCCAGCUUUCCCAAUGUGGAGCGCCAGAGCCGAACGAAUCCCCCCCCACCCCCGAAUUAAGAUGGGUCGUUGUGCAGUCCACCUAACAUCCAUGUCCGACCAUUUCAUUUCAUUUACCGCAGCCAGCUUUGUUUUGUAGACUGCUGAAUUCAUCAUAAAGGCAUGUAUUAGGUCACAA